AUGGCAGUUCCCGUCUUUCCCAUCAUUAUCGACGAUACCUCACCGACCGUCGCAUAUGCGCCCUUCGCUGAUACAUAUGGCACGCCCAACCUCACUGCUGGAUGGAACCCAUACUACACCGAUUUGGGCUUCUCGUCGAAUACUGGAUCCCUGUCGACGGGUACGGGUGUAAGCAACGUUGGGGCUGGAACGAGCCUCCAUCUCACAGCGCAUGACGGUGCUGAGUUUGCUAUUAAGUGGAAUGGCACGGCAGUCGACAUUCAUGGUACAGUUACCGCGCCCGCAUCCAGCUCACUCUCGUACACUGUCGUUCUCGAUGGUAAUGCAACUACCAACUACUUCUCGUCGCUGUCGUCCCCCGCGACCGUAAACACCGCUGCUACCGACGUUCUCGCGUCAUUCUCAAAUUUGGCGGAUGGUCCGCACGAGCUUGUGAUCACUGUGCGCAAUCCAGGGACGUCGACUAGUGCAAGUGCCACUGAUGUGGAUGCCGCCGUCGCGUUCGAUCGUGCCGUCGUGUAUAUAGAUGGGGCGCAGGCCCGAGCGACCCCUUCAUCCUCGUCUACGUCAGUUUCACCCUCCGCCACGGCAAUUGUCACAACUACAGUGUCUGAUGACAACAUCUCGUACCACGGACAAUGGACCUAUGCCCCCGACCUUCUCACGAGCGAUCCAGCAGAGGCAUUCCAUACGAGCAUGAACAUCGGCGACAGUGCCAGGGUCGAGUUCAAUGCGUCCGUCGCGACAACCCUCUUUUGCCGCCGCGUUUUCGAGGCUCUAGCCCUCUGGGUUACGCGCUACCCAGGGUUAGUGGCUGUCAAUUAUCACUCUGAUAUACUUGGCCUCUCGCGUACCCCUUUACAUGCGAUCCCGCGACCGCCUUUACUCCGCGUGCUCUCUGACAUUGGUGCAGUGACGCUGGCGGGGCUCACCACGCCCUCGUCCGGGACGUACAACAUAACGCUCGACGAUACGUUAUAUCCAGCGUUGUCCGCCCGCGCAUCAUUUACGUCCUCGUCACCAACUAUCCUCUUUUAUGCCUCAGGGCUCGAUCCAACAGUGAUACAUUCACUCGAAAUCAUGAAUGCCGGGCCGGCUCAGGGCAGCGUCGACGAGGGAAAGUACCUGGUGGUGCUUGUGGGUGGAGUCAACGUUACAAGACCUGAGUUCAGCCCUGAAACGCCUACGCCCUCUACUUCGACGUCCUUGUCACCUGGAACCAUUGCUGCUCUCGCGGUCGGUGUCACCCUUGCGGUGUUCGCCAUAGUCGGUGUUCUUAUCGCAGUAAUGUGGUGGCGUCGCCAUGCAAGACGAAGAAAGCAGGAGAUGAUGGUCAAUCCGCAACUAAGCUACUGGCGAAGCAAUUGGCGGAAGUGGUUUUCGCAUGGGCCGGCAAGUGUGCAUGACGGUGAAGCAGCGGUGCAGACGUCAGCAGAGAAAGAUAGCGGGUGGGCGGGCGAGAGAGUGAGGAGUAGCGGAGAGGGAGGUGUGCUCGAGAUCGGUGACCACUCCCAUGACUACGACGCUGUGAAGGAGAUCGAGGAGGAUGACGAUGAAGCUGCACGACGAAGGCUUGUCAAGGGGAAGUCGCCGCAACGGGUGCGUCACGCCUCGCAGAACUCUGACGGGAGCUUCUCUAUCGAUCUUCCCGAGCUGUCGUCCACGCCGCUGGAAUACCCCCCGGCCUCUUUCCCUUCCACGCCCCAGCCCAUGUCUCUCCGUUCGCAAUUGUCUACGCUUCCUAAGCUGUCUUCUUCCACUUCACCACGAAGUCCUCGUCCACGCGGGCCGCGAGAUAUGCAUGGGCGUGAUAACAGUCAAGGUAUCCUGCUCUCACAUAUUGUCACUCCCCCUGCGGAAGGCGAUGAUGAGGAAGAGGGUGUUCCACCGUUACGGGUGGGGUUUGCAGAGGAGCAGGGACGGCCAGAACGUCGGACGGAGAGGUACCUGAGUACGGGAGCAUUCUCGCUCCCAUAUUCCCUCAAACAAGCCCUGGCUCGCAGCGCGGAUACGUCUGUGGUCGAGGGUAAGGACGUGGGCACGUCACGGUCAUCUGGUCUACUUUCCUUCCUAGACUUCUCAUCAUCAACCUCCGGAUCGACGUCGGCUUCUGCCAGUCGCAACCGGUCCGUUCGAAAUUCCCGCUCCAAUUCGACGCGGUCGGGGCGGAAUUCCGCAAGACAGUCUGCCAAAUCACAGGGGACGUCGAGCAGCGCACCCAGCGCAGGGUCCUCAGUCCCGCCUGAGCGCCGUAUGUCUCUCGGGCUGUCCAUGACGAUUGCUGGUGGGCCGACGGCGAGCCAACCGUCACUCACUCCAGAUAUCUCUCUUCAGCCCGUCCCCCUCCCACCGACUGUCUCCAUCCCUUUGACGUCACAUCCGCGGGAUGUGUCCGACCCCGAUCGACUCUUUCCUGACCCUGCCAACAUGCUCCCGUCACCCACCGACUCGAUCCCCCUCACCGUCUCCGAUAUUCACUUCCGCCACUCCUCCACGACAUCCCACCUCAGUGACUCACGCCGAACUAGCGCAGUGCGAACGAGUGGUUCGCAUCGCCCCGCGCACCCGCCGUUGCCCGGGCAGUACUCGGGUCCCAGCUCGCCUACAGAGGCGCACCGGGAGGACCGAACGCCGGUGGUGAGACAAGCUAUCGUGCAGAAACUGAUGGGUAUCCAGCCUGGCCCAGCGUCAUCAUCGUCUACCACUGCCACACCUACCAAUAGUCCAACGAUUCCUGCAGCGUCUACACCCACACUUGCGCCCGUACCCGCACCCGCGCCUGCGGCGGGGCAUCGCCGACGGCCAAGCGUGGCUGAUGCGCUAAGCGCAGGAGGUAGCCCGGCGACCCUCAGUUUUGGACAAAUAUCGAGCGCGUUCGGCUUCGGUUCGAGGCGGUAG